AUGGAAAAUCACCACGACUCCCUCGCCGACGGGCGGGACGUCGAGGGCCCAGCCUUGUGGACUGAAAUUCGCCACCGGCUGUCCCAGGAUUUCAUACUGAGGCACGAGGAGGCGCGGACGCGAGCCGCGGAGGCCAAGGCCGCCCUAAACGGGGAUCACUGGGAGUGGGACGACGACGGUGCAUAUGCCGUCAUCGAUCCGGCCUCCUUGAAGGCCAUGGUGGCCAUGGAGACGCCGGAGGUGGGCGAGACGAGGGAGCAGGGCUGCGCGGUGUGCCUCGAGGGUUUCGUGGCCGGUGGCAAGAAGCUGAGGAUGAUGCCCUGUUCCCACUCCUUCCACCAGAGAUGCAUCUUCGACUUGCUCCUCCGUAGCCGAUUCUGCCCGGUCUGCCGUUUCGAGAUGCCCCCCCGGUCGGCCGACGAGCCGGAGCCGGUGGCUGAGAAAGCCGCUACUACAUCUGAACAAGUUGGCAGCAACUGA